AUGGACGCGCUCAUUGCCAUGAUGGCUCAGAUGAGAUUGGCUGUCCAACGAUAGCUGCUCCAACGUCCCAAACUGCGCCCCUGAAGUGCCGUAUGGGUUCCAGACAGUGCAAGGAUGGGAGAGAGUGUGUCCUGCAUAGCCAUGUUUGUGAUGGAGAGGAGGAUUGUAAGGAUGGAUCAGAUGAACAGGACUGUGGUGAAUCUCCAGUUCCACUUACUACAGCUUAUUUGGCUCCAACUACAACCGUUCCAGAUAUUCUUCCUGCUCAGCCAGUCUGUACCAGUCCAUCAGUGAGGUGUCGGGGCUCAACUUUGUGCAUCUCCCAAACUCAGCUGUGUGACACAUUGAGAGACUGCCCUGAUGGUUUUGAUGAGGAGUCCUGCAUUACUAAAUGUCCAAACCGAGGUGAGUUCCGGUGUAAGGACAGGAGGAAAUGUAUUGAGAGGAGUCUGGUUUGUGAUGGACGCGCUCAUUGCCAUGAUGGCUCAGAUGAGAUUGGCUGUCCAACGAUAGCUGCUCCAACAUCCCAAACUGCGCCCCUGAAGUGCCGUAUGGGUUCCAGACUGUGCAAGGAUGGUAGAGAGUGUGUCCUGCACAGCCAUGUUUGUGAUGGAGAAGUGGACUGUAAGGAUGGAUCAGAUGAACAGGACUGUGAGCUCCUCUGCAAAGCAGGUCAGUUCCAGUGUGCUCAUGGGAAGAAGUGUAUCGACCAGCAGCAGAUGUGUGAUGGGAAGGCACAGUGCCAGGACCGUUCUGAUGAAAUGGACUGCUUCAAGCCCACCAAGAGCUGCAGGCAUCGCUGUGACAACAAUAGCCGCUGUAUCCCAGAAACCUUCCUCUGUGACGGAGAGAGAGACUGUUCGGAUGGCUCUGAUGAGGAAGGCUGUGAUUCUAACAAGGCCCUUCCUCCUGUCCUGCCAACUCUGGCUCAGACCUGUACUAGUCCAUCAGUGAGGUGUCGGGGCUCAACUUUGUGCAUCUCCCAAACUCAGCUGUGUGACACAUUGAGAGACUGCCCUGAUGGUUUUGAUGAGGAGUCCUGCAUUACUAAAUGUCCAAACCGAGGUGAGUUCCGGUGUAACGGACAGGAGGAAAUGUAUUGAGAGGAGUCUGGUUUGUGAUGGACGCGCUCAUUGCCAUGAUGGCUCAGAUGAGAUUGGCUGUCCAACGAUAGCUGCUCCAACGUCCCA